AUGAAUUUUUUGGCUUUUGGAAUCCUCACAUCCUACGCUGGGUUAAUCGUUGCGCUCUUCGGUUUCAUCACUGCAUCAUGGAAAAGAUGGAAGAGUAAUCUUCAUCAUGGCUUAGUUGUCAUGAGCCUUGUGUCAUUUGCACACACAUGGUAUUAUAUGUUCAGUUUCAUUAAGUGGAGUUUUGACGACUAUAAAUCGAGGCAUCCUGCCCCUUCUUCAGCCACAAUUGAACGGGCCUCCGACUGGCUCACCAAUACCAAGCUCUUUGAACAGGCCUGGGCAGUCGUGUCUACGGGACUUUACAAUUGGUGGUGGAGCGAACAACUGUGCCUGUUCACUGCGGGACCCUGGACGGCGUUCCUCUUCUUUGAGUCAAAAAGACUGCAGAUUCCGCAUGUUUGGGCUUAUAUGUUCCUUGGGCAGGUCGUAGCCAUAUCUGUCGCGUCCAACUUGUUCUUUAUCGCAAUUCGUCUGGCAAUGUCGGAGCCCUCAAGUUCUCCGACACGUCGACUUGGUCAGCCGUUGUGUGCAUCGCCAUGGGUAUGGAUCCCAAUCUUCGUUUCCUUGGCUACCAUUUGGCGCACUCCAGCCGUAGCGGGUACCAGCGAGUUCCUUCCGAAUCUUCUCGUAAUGCAUGUCCUGCUCUUCGCUCCGUUCAUCCCACCUUCCAUCGUACCUUUUGAAAUCCCGGGACGUAUCAGUUCAACCUGGCUCUAUGCAAUCCUAGGAAGCGCUUCUCUUGUGAUACGCGCGCGGACCCUUCGCGAAAUUAUGUCUCUUCCGACAGACGAUUCAGUCAUCGCUCGUCUCUGGGAAACACUUCAUUCUCAUCCCGCGCAGUCAUCAAUCGGAUGGGACGUCAUUUGGACAACAAUUUCCUUUAUCCUCUAUUUUACACUAUUUGCCGACGGCGGCGGGGAUCGCGUCUCGGUCGGAACGCUGAUCGUUGACGGGAUUGGGAGUUUGUUCGUAUCCAUCAGUAUCGUCGCUUCGACACGUCUCAUGGCACGCGAAGCAGCUCUGGCGGCUGCAUAA